GUAGGCCGGACUCUGGGCUCCUCCAUGCCAAGGCGAUCGGGGCCAGACCAGACUUGACUCGUUUGUUGCAGCUCACACUUUCCAGAUUUGGAUUUCAGAGCCUGGAUAGGGAAUGCGGUAAUGCUCGCGCAAACCCGCUGCUCCUGAAUCCAAAAAUGCCCGACCCUUCAGUGGAUUCAAUUCUCCAUGCUCACGGUAUUGCCCGAAAGAAUCGCCGCAGGCCCUUGGAUUUCCUCUACCUGCACCUGCCUCAGGACUUAAACAGCAGCUUCACCGAGGGAUACGCGCACAGCGACCCCUGGCUCUCAAUUGGAGGAGACCUGGACCCUGACGAUGUCAACAGGGUGAGCCUGAUUGAGACAGCUGCGGGCCUCUGGCGGAGAGAGGUUCUCUUCACGCGUCUCACUCUCCGCUGGUAUGGCCCUGGGCCGUUCAGCCCCGGACGUUCCAUUUCGGCAGUCGACUACCUGAAGUGCGAUGUGCAGUUCAAUGUCGACAACGUUUUAGUGUUGACAAGCCUUUCCGACACGAAAGGGGAGCCAAUCCUCGCUCCGCCGGAAAACCUCAGCAUCCAAUACCGCAUGCAGUUCGUCUACUCGCCGACCAUGUUAAUUCAGGGGCGACUUCUUCAGCUGGGGAACCAGAUGAAGAAGAGGAUGUCCACAACCCUGGCCCAUCAUAUGAGCUUUGGAUCAGGCGGUCAUGAACCAAGAAUUUGAGUGUGCUUCUCCUGUCCAUCGGUACUGACUGGGUC